AUGGAUUUCGCCGCGUUGAUGUCCAAGGAGAUCUCCAAGGUUAAGGGCGCUGAUUCCUCCAAGCCAUCCGCUAAAGAUACCGGAAAAAGCUCUCCCGCAGUGCCAGCCAAGAAAUACAUGCGACGAGGCGAUGUCGAAGCUGCCCGCAUUGAAGCUUACAACCAAGAGCAAGAGCGACUUGCACGCGAACGUGAAGAGCGCAUGGCGAAUAAGCGCAAGCUCGAAGAUGAAGAAGCGGAACGAAACCGAGAACGCGAGGAGAAGAAGCGAAGGCUAGCCGAGGAGUCCAAGACGAGGAGAGAGGAAGAAGAACUAGCCAAAGAACGUGAACGGCGGCAGAGGCUCGGUCUGCCUGAGCUACCUGCGAACACCCCAGGUGAUGGCGACGCAGAGGAAGAUAUCGAGGAAGAGGAGCUUAAAGCGAAAUUACGAGAGAUGAAUGCGCCAAUACAAUUGUUCGGAGAGGACUAUCGAGCCCGUCUUCGACGAUACCGUCGUCUGGUUCAACGAGCCGCUAUUCCCAAGAAGAAGGUGACCGACGGACCUAUCCCCACCACCUUGGAGCCCGUGUCUGGUGGACAGAUGAUCAUUCCGGCCAAGAUUCCGAAAGACCAAGAGAACCGUCUGUUCCUUUUCCGGCAGCUGGGAUCUUACUUCAACAUGGUUUUGUCGGAAUGGGAACUGGCACUAGCAAAGCGUGAUGUCUCGGUGCGGGAAAGUUUCCAGGGAAAACAAGCGUUCAAUGCCAUGACCCAAUCUCGCGAAAAUAUGACACCAUUGUUCCGCCUCUUCGAAAAGUCCGACCUGGAGGACGGACUGUUAGAACCGAUCGUUGAGAUCGUGCACAAGGCGCAGCAGCGGCGAUACGUCGAUGCAAAUGAUGCUUAUCUACGAGUGAGCAUCGGCAAAGCAGCGUGGCCCAUCGGUGUGACCAUGGUUGGUAUUCACGAACGAUCUGCACGAGAGAAGCUGCAUCAGAGUGAUCAGCAGGCACACAUUCUGAGUGAUGAGAUUACUCGCAAGUAUCUACAGAGUAUCAAGCGCUGCUUGAGCUUUGCACAAGUUCGCUGGCCUCCGGAGGAUCAAUUGCAGAUGAUGGGUUAG